AGUGCGCAUGUUCACUGGGCGUCUUCCCAUCGGCCCCUUCGCCAGUGUGGGGAACGCGGCGGAGCUGUGAGCCAGCGACUCGGGUCCCUGAGGUCUGGAUUCUUUCUCCGCUACUGAGACACGGCGGGUAGGUCCACAGGCAGAUCCAGCUGGGAGUUGAAGUGUGAGUGAGAGUGAAGAGGAACCAGCAGGCUUCCGGAGGGUUGCGUGGUCAGUGACUCAGAGUGAGAAGGCCCUCGAAGUCGUCGUCCCUCUCAUGCGGUGCCACGCCCAUGGACCUUCUUGUCUCGUCACGGCCAUAACUAGGGAGGAAGGAGGGCCGAGGAGUGGAGGGGCUCAGGCGAAGCUGGGGUGCUGUUGGGGGUAUCCGAGUCCCAGAAGCACCUGGAACCCCGACAGAAGAUUCUGGACUCCCCAGACGGGACCAGGAGAGGGACGGCAUGAGCGACACACACAAACACAGAACCACACAGCCAGUCCCAGGAGCCCAGUAAUGGAGAGCCCCAAAAAGAAGAACCAGCAGCUGAAAGUCGGGAUCCUACACCUGUGCAGCAGACAGAAGAAGAUCAGGAUACAGCUGAGAUCCCAGUGCGUGACAUGGAAGGUGAUCUGCAAGAGCUGCAUCAGUCAAACACCGGGGAUAAAUCUGGAUUUGGGUUCCGGCGUCAAGGUGAAGAUAAUACCUAAAGAGGAACACUGUAAAAUGCCAGAAGCAGGUGAAGAGCAACCACAAGUUUAAAUGAAGACAAGCUGAAACAACGCAAGCUGGUUUUAUAUUAGAUAUUUGACUUAAACUAUCUCAAUAAAGUUUUGCAGCUUUCACCAAAGAA